UGCGUGAGGCUCAGCGCUCAGGGCGGAAAGUGGAGAGGGAUUUCAAACCGGAGUCGUUCAUCCUGUCGACGCAGACCAUCUGUGCUGUGUGGCAGAAAGUGUGUGUGUGUGUGUGUUGUCGGUUAAAGGUCGAUUCCCCUGUCACAGCCCCACCACAGACUGACACUAAUAAAUGUCCCGGAGCUGCAGCAUCCUCACAGCGGCCGGAGGAGGACGGAGGAGCAGAAAACAUUAGUGCAGACAGAUUGAAGUCGGAGCCUUUAAAGGAAUCAACAAGACACUGUCCACGACAAUGAUGGAGACGAGCGAGUGGGGGACAUAAUAAACACUGGAAAUACAUAAGCUCUGAUUCAACACCAUGAGCCUGCCUGUGGACAUGGAGCAAGAUGGAGCUGUAGCCAGGGAGGAUGCAGACUCAACGCUGAUGUACAGGAUAGAACGUCCAGUCUAUAAUGAAACCUCCAUCCGGUCGCAGCUUCUCAGCCGCAAAAACAACUCCACCACCUUCAGAGAGCGGCUGGCAAAUCACUUCAGGUGUUCUUCAGCGAGGGCCAAGGCAGUGGCUCUGAGCUCCCUGCCCAUCCUGACAUGGCUGCCGUCCUAUCCAGUCAAGCAGUACUUAUUCUCAGAUGUGGUCUCAGGUCUCAGCACGGCAGUUGUGCAGCUCCCUCAAGGUCUAGCCUAUGCUAUGCUGGCAGCUGUGCCCCCAGUUUAUGGUCUGUACUCCUCCUUCUACCCUGUUCUGCUCUACACCUUCUUUGGCACUUCCAGACACAUAUCAGUAGGAACCUUUGCAGUUAUAAGUCUGAUGAUCGGGGGUGUUGCCUUGAGGGAGGCCCCAGACUCGAUGUUUCCACUCCUGCCUGCAAAUGCAUCCAACGUGUCUGCCGUCGUUGACACGGAGGCUCGUGAUGCCAGGAGGGUGCAGGUGGCCGUGAUGCUCACGACCCUGGUGGGAAUCAUCCAGUUCGUCUUCGGUCUUCUCAGGUUUGGCUUCGUGGCGAUCUACCUCACAGAGCCUCUGGUGCGAGGCUUCACUACAGCAGCGGCCGUGCAUGUUUUCAUCUCCCAGAUCAAGUACCUGCUGGGGGUGAAGACGCAGCGUUUUAGCGGACCCCUCGCUAUUAUUUAUAGCGCCAAGGCGGUAUUCACAGACAUCACCAGCACCAACGUCGUCUCUCUCAUCCUGGGCCUUGCGUGUAUCAUCGUCCUGUACUUUGUCAAAGACAUGAAUGAGCGCUUCAAAAAGAAACUGCCUAUCCCCAUUCCCGGAGAGAUCAUCAUCGUCAUGGUGUCAACCGGCGUCUCGUACGGCCUGUCGCUGUCAGCAGACCACAAGGUGGAUGUUGUUGGGUACAUACCGUCAGGGCUUCUCCCCCCUGCUGCCCCAGAUUUCUCUCUGUUACCCAAUCUGAUCACGGACUCCUUUGCUGUAGCGAUUGUGGGAUUCUCAAUGGACAUCUCUCUGGCUAAGACCUUUGCCCUGAAGCAUGGGUACAGUGUGGACGGCAACCAGGAGCUGAUUGCCCUCGGUCUGUGUAACUUCAUCAGCUCUUUCUUCCAAACCUUCGCCAUCUCUUGUUCCAUGUCAAGAAGCCUGGUGCAGGAGAGCACAGGAGGGAAAACACAGAUCGCGGGGCUGCUGGCGUCUCUCAUGGUGCUGCUGGUGGUUGUGGCCGUUGGUUUUGUGUUCCAGCCACUCCCUCAGACUGCGCUGGCUGCCAUCAUCAUGGUCAACUUGUUGGGGAUGUUCAAACAGUUCAGAGACAUUCCUAAUCUGUGGAGGACCACUAAGAUCGAACUGGUCAUCUGGCUGGUAGCAUUCGUAGCGUCUGUGCUGCUGGGCCUGGACUUUGGCCUCCUAGUGGCUAUUGUGUUUGCCAUACUAACAGUCAUCUACAGAACACAGAGCUCCAAAAGUGCCGUUUUGGGUUAUGUUCCCGGUACUGGGCUGUACUGUGAUGUGGAUGAGUAUGAGGAGGCAGUUGAAUAUGAGGGGAUUAAGAUUUUCCACUGCAACUCUUCCAUCUACUUUGCCAACAGUGACCUUUAUGUGAAUACCCUCAAGGAGAAGACGGGAGUGAACCCUGAAAACCUACAAGCUGCACGGAAAGCCAGGAAAAAACAGGAGAAGGCAAACGACAACCAAAACGCACAACUGAGGAUCUGUGUCAAGUACAAGAAUCAGGAAGUGUCUCAUGAGGUUUUGUCCGAUAACCACUUGUUGGAGGAGCACAGGAACGGACCUUCAGGGGACAGCCGCGCCGAAACAAACACAGAAGAGGUGGUCUACCUUAAAUCUCCCAGCACCGUCCACUCCAUCGUCCUGGACUGGACGCCUGUCUCCUUCGUCGACUCUGUGGGAGCCAAAGCCAUCAAACAGGUCAUCAAGCAAUACGCAGCAGUGGAUGUGCAGGUGGUGAUAGCAGCCUGCAGCCGAGUGGUGUUGGCUGACCUGGACACCUUACAGUUCUUCACCGGGGCCAUGACCACCGACAUGGUGUUCCCCACAGUCCACGACGCCGUGCUGCACUGCACUAGUCCCCGCCCCGCAGCUGCUCCGGCCAAUGAGCUGACCUGACAGCGGACGACACCUGCGGCCGAGAACAGAUCAGAGCAGCAGUUCUGACUUGGACUGGAAAUGUGGGUGGCGCCACAACCUGGAGAGGGAUGGACGUCGCAGUAGAGAUGAACUGAAUCAAUGUGUGAUGGUGCUGCUGGUUUUCCUUCACGUGGUGCACUCCUGAUUCUGACAGGAUAAAAUGUAAGUGCCCUAAGCAGCGAGAUAGUGAAGUUCCAUGAGGUUUUUAAUCCACUCUCACACUCGGGAUCAAGUUUCCAGCCUCUUUCCCGUUCAUCUUCUUUCCAGAGGGAAUUAUUUAGACUUUAACAUAUCUGUAGUUCUAUUGAAGUUGUCACUGCUCUGCUGGGAGGACUAAGUCUUUAGUAAGCUGCUGCUGUAUGAGUGGCAUUGUCAGUAUUUUCUGUAAGAGUCCAGUCCGCUGGUUUCCAAUGUGAUAGUUGAAGAGAAGCUGUGUCCUGAUGCUGAAUGUGUGUCUGAGAUUUUCUGCUGUAUUUCUAUGUAAUUGUGUAUUUAAACAAGCAAAACUGUCAAUUUGCAGUAUUAUGUUUGUUAUAGCACAUUUGCAUUACAGUCAACACUAAUGUUAAACAUUGUGAAGGUCAUAUUUUAGAACAAAGUGUUUUCUUAAAGUUGUUACUGUAAAACACAGGAUGCCUUGAGGUCAUUUGACAAUAUUGAACAAAGCAUUGAGACUUAAAUCUGGAAUAAACUUUAUUUUUAACCGACAACAAAA